CAAAUGCUUUGUGAGAAUUAGGGUUUGGUGUUGGAGGGGUUGGUUGCAAGGGAUCGAUGCAAUGGCCCCACUCACCGCAGUGUUGGAUCGCACAGCAGCGGCAGGGGAGGAUUGAUUCCACACUUGUUCGACUCUCGUUCAGCAUCGUUUUCUGAAGUGGGUUUGUUGUGGCUGAUGAGGAGUACACGUGAGUGCUUUGGAGUAGAGGUUGUCUUCUCGCAUGGUGUCUGUGAGCAGAUUUCGUCAUCGGGGGUUGGAGGACGAGCUGAUAUGAAGAGCUGAUUGAGUUUUGAGUUGUCCUGAAUCCUUGGUUGGAUUUUUUUACGAGUUGGGUUCGGAAGGGCGAGGUGCGGGGAGGACUGAGAUUUCGUUAAACAUGAAGAAGACAAGUAACGAGGAGGUGGAAUACAAGCAGAAGUCCGGCACCGCUUGGAGCCAUUCGUACCUGAAUCAGAAGCCAUGGCACCCGCUCUCGUAUCCCAAUCAACGUCGCAAGUGGAUUGCGGAGCAGCAGAACGCUCAGAAGGAAAGGAAGGCCGAGGAGGUGGCUCACGAGUUCGCACAGCAGCAGGAAUUUUUCCGCCAAACUUCAGUGAUGAGUAAAAAGGAGAAAGAGAAGGUAGAGGCUUUGCAGGCAGUGGGGUUUAUGUACAUGCGACCACCUGGUUAUAAUGCUGAAAGUGCCCGAGCUGCUGAAAUUGCCGAUGAAAGGAGGAAACUUGGUUUGGAGGCUCCUCCCAGCUCUUCUCAAGCUGCGCCGGCAGAUGUUAUUCCUCAGGGGGAAGCAGGUGGAGCGGAGGCAGAAGUUAAGAAAAAACCUCGAGUCAAAGAUGUCUUCGGACGUAAUGUGGCCACGGAAGCUGAAUUUGCGGUUUUGAAAGAUGCUCCCAAACUCGACACAGGUGUUGUUGGGAGAGUGAAGCCUUUUGCAAUUGAGAUUCGAAACGUGAAGUGCGCCAAAUGUGGGGGUUUUGGUCAUCAAUCCGGAGAUCGUGAGUGCCCUUUGAAGGAUGUGAUUACACCAAACGAAUUAGAGCGAUUAAAGCGCAAUGAUCCUCUUCAAGCUAUUAUAGCUCAAGCCACUGGUGAUGAGCCGUUUAAGUGGGAGCUUAAGAAUCAGCCUGGUGCCAUGAGUCCGGCACGUGGGGGCUUUAAACCAGACGACCCGAAUCAGCAAAUUCUUGCUGAUGAGGAUAUCUAUGAUGAAUACGGAGGAUUUUUGGCUGGAGGUGGUGAUGGUGAAGAUCUUGACGGUGAGGGGAAGUUGGCCAUGCCUGACAUCUUGGCUUCCCUUACCAAAGAGCAGCGUAAAGAACUCGCAGCUUUGAGAAUAGAUGAGAAGAAACGAAAGGAGGAUCGAAGAAAGAAGAAAAAGAAGAAAAGGAAGAUUCGGAAAGAUUCCGAUUCUUCUGAAAGUUCUGAUGGCAGCGAUAAAAAGGAAAAGCAACGCCGUUACAAACAUCGGAGUCAUAAACCAAAGAAGAAAAAAUCCAUGAGUGAUGUACAUAGAUCAGAGAGAGGUCAUCGUAGUAAACACCGCUACUCAGAAAGCUCGUUAACUGAUUCAUCCUCGGAAUCGGACGGCGUUGCCACUGUUUUAGAACCUGCUAAUGCUUCCAGUAGAAAGUACUCAGAAGAUAGUGAUGAUAGUGUUGAUAAACGAGUCACUGUCUCUGAGACACAUGAUAAGCAUCAUAGAAGGUACAGUAGUUCUCGAUCUAAGGAAGAGAAAGUUCAUUCAAAGAAUAGAAGCCACCGUCGUCAGAAGAAAGCAGCCUUACACGCAGAUUUAGAUGAAGUACACGAGAGUUUUAAACGGGAGCGAGAUAAGGAUUACAAGGAACACAGACACGACUUAUCUAAACACCGCAGAUGAAAAUCCUAGUGUUUAUACAAGUCCCAAAUAUUUGUACACUAGACGAUGUAUUGCGAACACUCUUUUGUAAUCAUUUUUUUGUAGGUGCGUUGGAACAAA